AUGGAACAAAACAAUGAAACGUCUGGAGAUGAUUUUAUUUUGCUUGGUUUCUCAGACCAGCCCCAGUUGGAGGUCAUUCUUUUUGUGGUAGUUUUGAUAUCCUAUCUUCUGACCCUGGUGGGCAACACAGCCAUCAUCAUGGUCUCCUGCCUGGACUCCAAACUUCACACACCUAUGUAUUUCUUUCUCACGAAUCUCUCCUUCCUUGACCUUUGCUUCAGUACCAGCAUUGUCCCCCAGCUAUUGUGGAACAUGAAGGGACCAGCCAAGACCAUCCCACACACUGGCUGUGCCAUACAACUCUAUGUGUCUCUCUCUGUGGGUUCCACAGAAUGUGUUCUCCUUACAAUCAUGGCAUUUGACCGCUAUGUAGCUGUCUGCAGACCUCUCAAUUACACUACUGUUAUGCACACAUCAUUUUGCAAGGCCUUAGCAGGAAUAGCCUGGCUAAGUGGAGUAGGAAACAGUCUCAUCCAAGGCACCAUCACCCUUCAGCUUCCUCGAUGUGGGCAUCGCCAUCUCCACCACUUCCUGUGUGAGAUGCCUGCCAUGAUCAAUUUGGCAUGUGUUGACAUUCAUGCGAAUGAAGUUCAGCUUUUUAUGGCCACGUUAGUUCUCCUCCUUCUUCCUAUGGCAUUAAUAUCGGUCUCCUAUGGAUUCAUUGUGCAAGCCAUGAUAAAAAUUAAAUCAGUCCAAGCUUGGCACAAGGCCCUAAGUACCUGUGGUUCCCAUCUAUUGGUGGUGUCCCUCUUCUUUGGGACCAGCUCAGUCAUAUAUAUUCAACCAAAGAGAUCCUAUGGCCACAGCCAGGGAAAGUUCCUCACACUCUUUUAUACUGUUGUGACUCCAACCCUCAACCCCCUCAUAUAUACUCUAAGGAACAAGGAUGUGAAAGGAGCCCUGAAGAGACUGCUGAGAAAAGAACAAAAUUCCUAA